AUGGCCAUGAAUCAAGUUCCUGGUCAUAACAUAUACAUCGGCGGGAAACAUUCGCAUCUUAUCAACAUCAUCUCUAUUCCUGUUGAUGAUGUUGAAGAUGAGAACCUUUUAGAACACUUGCCAGCCGCUGUCCGGUUCAUUCAAGCUGGUUUAGACGGUGGUGGCGGUGUUUUGGUGCACUGUGCUAUGGGCAAGUCCCGGUCCGCAACUGUAUGCAUUGCCUACUUGCUCCACCAGCAGCCUGGUGCGCUCACACCACAAUCUGCCCUCGAGAUUUUGAGGCAAGCCCGGCCACUCUGUGAACCUAAUGACGGCUUCAUGAAACAGUUGGAGCUGUACCACGAAAUGGGCUGUCCAGACGAUGUCACAGAAAACCCUGUGUACCAGCGCUGGUUGUACCACCGUGAUGUCGAAGAAAGUGUCGCGUGUGGCCGGGCCCCAGAAUUGAAGUCGGUGCGCUUUGAAGACGAGCUGCCCGUUCAGCCCAAGGAAAAUAAUACCGGCCGCUCGGUGGAGAUUAAGUGCCGCAAGUGCCGGCGCACCCUCGCGACAACCCCAUUCAUUAUCAAUCACGAGCAGAAUCAACAGAGGAGUGCCAGAGCGCCCGCCAAUGUGGAAUGUGCGCAUGUAUUCCUCCAUCCGCUGAAGUGGAUGCGGCCCAGUUUAUUCCCGUCAUCAGUUCAAGAUGGCGCAGACCCCGAUGCGGAUUCAACCUAUGAUGAAUACUCCGCAGAUGCUCCUUUAUCAGGUCGCCUAACCUGCCCUAACUCAGGCUGCGGGGCUAACAUUGGUAAAUUCGCCUGGCAAGGCAUGCAAUGUAGCUGUGGUGGAUGGGUGGUGCCUGCUAUCGGGCUUGCUAAGGCCCGAGUGGAUAUUGCGAGUCGGACAAAUUUGGCAGCACGAGGUCCAGGAGAAUCACCAGCAUUGGGUAUUCGUAUGCCUCCAGGUAUGCGGGCGUCUGAGACAAAUGAUCCUGGCUCUGGACGUGGCAACCUCUAG